AUGGCCCUGCCCUCAAUCAGCAUCGCAUCCAUCGUUAUCGGCUUCAUAUCAUUCUCUUUUACACUUGCGAUUUGGCUUCACGCAUUCUGGGACGCCUUCCUAACCCUCGGUUCCGCUCCCAACCAAAUCCAAGACGCCCUGUCCGUCCUCCGACAAGGCUUGUACGAAGAACGAGAACACCUCAAACGGAAACGGCGACGAGGAGAGGGUGACCACCCAGGUUCUAAAUUGAAGAGUCUAUACUACGAAGGCGGACCUACCAGAGUCAUAAACGAUGCAGUUAAAGACUUGAUAAAAGAGUUCAAGAACUAUGAGAGGCCUUUUUUAGUGACUCCGCACGAGGGAAGGGAGAAAGAAUUGGAGUGGUCGUUUGAUGCUACGCAGCAGUAUUAUAAAAGCGAUUUUUGGCACCGGCUGCUUUGGCUAAGAGCGAGGGGACAUAUUUAUAAUAUUGCCAACCGGCUGGAGAAGGCGCAGAUCAGGCGGAUUGCGCAGGAAACCACCGAGACCCAAUUUAUGUUGAGGGAUACGAUGGGCAUGGUGAGAGAGUAUGAGAACAGGCUUCGGGCUAUUGAGGAGAGACUCCAGAUGUCGAGGAUUGGGUACUGA